AUGUCCGCCAGCUCUUUACAUAAUGACAGGACCACCGAGCAAUUUCGAAAGCUAUUUAUCGGUGGCUUAAAUCCUCAAACAACUGAAUCGAAGUUGAGAGAAUACUAUGGACAAUGGGGAGAGGUUGUCGAUGCUGUCGUGAUGAAAGAUAAACGCUCUAGUCGGUCUAAGGGCUUCGGCUUUAUUACUUACAAAGAGCCAGAGAUGGUGGAUGCUGCGCAGUCUUGCCGGCCUCAUUCUAUUGAGGGGAAGACUGUUGAAUCAAAGAGAGCUAUGCCCCGUGAGGACUCACAAAACCCGGAGGCUCAUAUGACCGUAUCUAAGCUAUUCGUUGGCGGCCUCAAAAAGGAGGUCACCAGUGAGGAUCUCAAUGACUGCUUCAUCAAAUACGGCAGCAUGCGGGAGUGUGAAGUUGUAAAGUUCAAAGAGUCUGGUGAAAGUCGAGGAUUCGGAUUUGUUACCUUCGAUGACUAUGACUCGGUCGAUAAAGCAAUAUUGUACAAGCCUCAUUUCAUAGGCGCUAGCAGAGUCGACGUGAAGAAGGCACUUAGCAAGGAGCAGAUGAAUCAAAUGAGAAGAAAACAGGAAGCCAGAUAUGAUGGCUAUGGUGGUGGCUACAAUAAUGAUUACAAUGGUGGUUACAAUAGUGGCUACAAUGCCACGGCUGGUCUUCCGCAAAUGGGGGGUGGGUACACUGGCUACGGUAACAAUUGG